AUGUCGGAUCUUCCCUCCAGCUUCACAACACCCAGAAGCUCAAGUCCAGCCGGCAACACCAGUACGAGUUCGAGCUCGAGCUCCGAUUCAAGUUCAAGUUCAAGUACACGCUCAGUUCAAAGCGUGUUUCGACGCCGAUCCAAGAGCACGCCCUCCCCGGAGAGGAAUAUUCCACUAGGAACCGCAUUCUCCGAACGCGUCAGAGUCAGCACCCCAGAUCCAGAAUACUAUCGCAAGACCUAUUCCACGCGGCUCCCUUCCGGAGACUGGCUCGCACACGGCAUCAACAGCCAUCAAGUGGUCAACAACGUCCCCAUCGUCGGCUACCUCAACCAGUUCGAUCAACCUCUCCCAUCUAUCAUUGGGCCCGGCGUCCAACUCACCCUGGCUACGAUGGACGAGAUCUCCCAGAUUGGGGAAGAUCAUGACGAAGACCGCAUGAUGAGUCUGGGCCAAGUGUUCUUUCUCAAGGGCCCGCGAAAGGGCCAGCUGAACGACGCUUACGCCUGGAUCGCUCUCCGAGGAGAUGGCGCCAACAAGUUUGCAAUGUCUCGAGGGGCACGAAAUCGACUCGUUCCAAAAUGGAAGGAUCUGGUUGAACACUGGGAGGAAUUUGACGAAAGCGUCACCGAUGCUUGUCAUGAAUUGCGGAGAGUUUCGACACGUGCCAUCGCGGAGACAAUUUAUUGCAUUAAAGAGCUGGGAACGGAGAAGAGAAUCGAUCUCUUGCAAGGCGAGAUCGAGGAUAUUAUUGACAGGGAGAAGACUCAAAGUAAUCCAAACAAGGUAUUGGUGGACUCGGCUCGGGAGGUUCUGCUUGCUGCAAGUGCAUUUGAAGAAGCUGUCGCAAAACUCCAACUGGUCGCAGACAAGCUCACUGCAUAA